GUGAUUUAUCGAACACGGGCGUUGCUGUGCUGCAGAAGGAUGGGAUGUGAUGAGGGAUGGAACGCAACCUCAGUUUCCCAAUGGCUCCAUCGACAAGAGGAGGGUCCGCGACCGCUGCGAUGCCGGCAUCGUGCACCGUUGGCAGCGUCCCUGAUGUCCUGUCGGAUCUCGAAAAGGAACACUUCACGAACGUGGCGAAACACAUGACCCAAGCGUUGCUGGCAGCGACCAACUUGUCCCAAGCCAUGCCAUGGAAACUCGUGUACGACAAACCGUUCUCGAUUUACCGCACGGAACUAUGCGGCCUUGGUCCGUGCAACGUCCAUGCUGUGACGAAGCUCGUCGCUCACAUCGACGAGGUAACGGACGCCUUAAUCACAACUUCCACCAACGCGUACAAGUCGAUGAUGACAACUUUGGGGUCCGACUUUGUCGAUGGAGCUGUCCUUGCCAACAUCUUGACCCCCACGACGGAAAACCCGUUUCGAUAUGUUGGACUCAAGUGGGCCGCGUUCAAAGGUUCUGUCAUGUCCAAAGACAAGGACUUCAUCCUGCUGGAGUACGUCGACAUGAUCGAAGAUGCCCAUGGCAAGAAGACAGCGUUUCGAGUGAUGCAAUCCGUCGACGUCCCGAGUUCCGUGGAUGCGUCGUCGCAUCACUCAUCCGGGCGAUACACCCGUGAACAUGUCCCCCUCGUGGGAUUCAUCUACCACACCACGGGGAAGAAAGGCGAACUCCGCAUGACGUACACAUGCAACAUGGACACGAAGGGCGACUUGCCGAUCUGGGCCGCCAACAGCGCGAUCCAGUCCCAUGUGGACAAGUGCAUCACUCGCACGCUCAAGUACAUUGAAGUACAACGCGUGCUACAGGACGAAGGCGGGAGCUUUGACCUGCCGCAGCGAGUGAUCCCCAUGUCUGGCAACGCCGACUACUGCCACGUAUGCGAGAAGAAGUUCAAAACAAUGUUUCGACCUCGUUACAGCUGCCUCAAGUGCGCCAAGUACGUAUGCAGCAACUGCUACUCGUUCCGCACGGCGUCCGUCCCUGAGCUUGGCGAACGCUUGCUUCGCGUGUGCACAGUGUGCGUCGUCCAAGUCCGACAAGCACGCCGCGGAUCGUCCGACCUGCACAAGAAGGAAUCGCUGGAUCGUCUGUCGCUUGCAUGCGAGGACGCGCGACAAAAGCGGCAGACCCUCGACGAAGUCCUCAACUCGGUGCGGCACAUGAUCACAACCGACUACAAGUUAUUUUCUUCCCAUGACUCGCACAGGGGCAUUUCUGGGAAGUUUGGGGUAAAUUCCCGAGGGAUCGCUGGGAAUAUUCCCAAUUCCAUCACAAGUCAACAUGGUGGUGCUGGCGGGAUCGCGAUGUUGCGGCGACGCGUAACAGUCGGCCCCCAAGAACUAACGCCAGCGCUGGAGAUGUUCAAAGACGGAUUGCCAAGCUUGAUGCUGCAGCAACAGCAAACGUCUGCAGUGGCAAGAGGUCAACCGAAGCAGACGACGCCAGAUAAGCGGAGAUCGACCGUCGGACCGGGCGACCUCAAGUCAUCGCUUGCAGCGUUCCAUCAUGACUUCCGUCCAGGCAAACUUGCGGCAGCCACGCGUCACCGCGAAGAUGAAGUAAGGUCGGACAAUGGGUCCAUGUGUCUGAGCUCGUCAGAUUCGGAAGAUGACGACGACGACGAGAUGUCGGAUCACGAACGCGACGACCUUGAAGCGGAGGUCCCGCCGCGGCGGGGAAUUCAGUUGACCGAGUCGGCGCUCAACCUGCACCAGAAGCGAUCGAAAGAGUUGGAGAAACAGUCUGAAGCGAUCCACAAACUCGCCAACUCUCUUGCGAGGCAAUACUCGGACAGCCAACAAACCAGUGUUGGCAGCCAUUCCCGCAAGAGCUCAUUGGACGACCUCAUGCCGAUGUCGGUUUCCGUGGCGUCGUCGUCCGUGCGGAAAGCAUCCACAAACACCAUCGUUCUAUUUGACAUGGACGAAACGCGCGACUUGGAAAGGCUGCAGGCGUUCCAGCACAGCACAUGCGCCAAGCGACGAAGUUCCGGCCCAGAAUUGUUCCAAUCGUCGCAUCCCCCCAGUAGCUGUAUGUUCUGAGCACAUCUUGUCCAGUAUAUGCGGUUUCUGUCAUCGUCUCUCGCGCCGGUAGCAGUGCGUCCCGACGGCCCGGCGCUACCGCCGCAUGGUACGUCGAUGCGACUGUAACCUGUGAAUCUCUCCACCAAGGAUAUGCCGAGUCUCGUUUAAAUGUCCGCCUUCAAUUUGCAUAAUUUUCACCUUCCUUGUCG